AAGAUAUUGCCUCUCCACUAUUUCCACGGGUUCCUGGGGGAGCAAGGCUGCAGGGCUCCCUGUUCUGCCUCCCCUUUGUUCCCCAAGUGAAUGUAAGAACAAUUACUUAGCUGAGAGGCAGGCAAAAUAAAUGAACAGAGAGGUGGCAGCUGUUGAAUUUUGUGGAAUUUUGGGAAGCUGUGGUCCGAUAGAAACCCAGACUGGUGCCUGCACUGCACACGGCAGGAGUGGUGGCACAGGAAUGGGGGUCUGUACAGCAUGACAUGUUGAGAACGCAGUCUGAACAACCCUCUGGGAGGACUGGAUCUAUGGUAUGUAAGGUGAGCUUUGGAGGCAGAGGACGCAUGUCUACAGACAUGCAGGCUUUUUGGAAUAUCAGCUUCAAAAAUUGUCUAAAAGUGUUUCAGUGAGGGUGCAUUUUUGCUCUGUGGGUAUAUAUGACAGUCAAAAGUAGUGCCUGACAGUUCCUGGCUUUCUCAAAGUGUUUUGGAUGCCUGCUUCCAUGGACUUACAUUUUUUAGAAUAGCCUUGAUCUAAUGUAUAUCGUAUUCUUGUUUGCUCAGCACCAUCUGUGUAAGGGACUUCUGUUUGAAGAAAUCUCGCUUUAUCUGGAGAAUGGCACAUGUGAGAACGUGUUUUAUGGCUAUCUUUCUACAUCCAUCCUCUACUUUCUACUGAGAAAACAAUGGGACAAGCUAAUUUUCCAACUAGAUUCCUCACAACCAGGUCUCAUGUAAAAAGUAACCAUGCAGAAAAGCAGCUUUUGAUCUCCUGCCUGCUCCUUAAUUGCACUAACGGUGACAAUGAGAUAUUUCAGUGUUUGCACGGUUAAGCAGAGGAGCUGCCACAGCUUUCUUGUUUAUUUUUUCUCUACAUCAGCUCUGAACAGAAGUGAUGACAAGGAGCUGCAGGUGCAGCACUUGCUGUACAAAGCAGACGUGCCUUUGUCUAUCCUUAUCUUGAAAGAGCUUCUCAGUUAUCCUGGUAAAGUUGGGAAUUGAAAAGAAAUGAGGCUGAGUCAACUUGGCUGAACAUGGAAAAACAAACAUGAAAAAACAAACAUGGAAAAGAAUGUGCUAGAGAAGGAAAAAAAAAAGAGAAUUAAUUUCUAGACCCAGAUUAUGUACUAGGGAGCAACUGUCUGAUAUUCACAGAUUAAACAGUGGCUUAGCUAACGUGCAUUGAUAGUGGUAGCACGGAAUGACUUAAGCUAGAAGGGGCUGCAGAGAUCAGCCGGUUCCAACCCCCGUCCCUCUGCGCAGGGCUGCUCUCUGUGAGCUCUUCUCCCAGUCUGCACACACCUGGCGCUGCCCCGACCCGAGCACAGCACCCCGCACUGCGCCUCGCUCGGCCUCAGCAGGUUCUCGUGUGCCCCUUCUCCAGCCUGUCCAGGUCCCGCUGGGUGCCGCCCUCCCUUCUGCUGUGCCAUCGCAAACUGCUGAGGAUGCGCUCAACGCCAUCCUCCAUUGGUGCCAGUGGUUGAAGAGCGCCGCUCCCAAGAGGGACCCUUGGGGGACGUUGCUUGUUGGCCUCCACCCGCACGCAGAGCCACUGAGCGCAGUGCUCUGGCUGUGAGCGCUGACCAGUUCCUUAUCACUGAGCAGCACCUUCAGAUCCAGCUCUGUUCGACACACAGACGAGGACGUGGCGCAGGACCGUACCGAAGGCCUCGUGUGGAUCUGGGCAGGCGACACCAGGUGCCCUUCCUUUGGCCACUGAUGCCAGGCUCCGUCGCAGAAGGCCACCGGACGGGUCAGGCGCCAUCCUCUCUUGGUGAAGCCGUGCUGGCUGUCUCAGAUCCCCGCUCAUCCCUUACGUGCCUUGGCAUCUCUUCCAGGAGGAUCUGCUCCACAGUCUUCCCAGGCACAGAGGUGAUGCUCACCAGCCUGUAGUUCCCCAGCUCCUCUUUCCUCCCUCUCUUGCUAAUGAGUGAUGGUUCCCUUUUUCCAGUCUCUGGGGACCUUGCUUGACAGCCAUGACAACCCCAUGUUAGUUUUGCCCUGAGGGCCUGAGAUGAGGAAUUAACUCUCCCCUGCUGAAAGCAUUAAAUUAGCCAGAAGUCUGUGUUUACUUUUAACAAAUAUUUGAACUUGUCCAUUGUAUUCAGUACUUGGUCUGUGCUUUCUAUAAUAAUGCAUAGUUAGUUAAUGCUACUCAGUAAGUGAAAAAGUGAACCAAUUUUAUAAAGUCUCUUUUAACAAAUGAGUUUGGACUACAGAAGUUUAAGUGCUACUGCACAGUUUAGUGCAUUUUAUGGUUUUCAUUGUCUGUUUGAAAUGUAAAGUUUUGUUUCAGCCCUUUUGUUUUACAGUGUUCCAUGUGGAUCCCAGAGGGCCUGCAGGUGGCUGUGAAAGCCAAUGGAAUGACUGCCUACAUCAUAGGAGUGAUGUAAGUAGAAGUCUGCUUACAAGGUCGUGGCUGCAGUGUCAGCUGUUGGAACUGCAAUUGCUUCUGGUUCAGCAGUUGCAGUGAUCCUCUGGUGCCUCCCCUGUGGAGAGCAUUGUGUGCCUGUUCAGAGUUGGAAAUUGAGGGGGCACCCGUGAUGCUGUUCCCUAUGACCUGCUAUGUUAGAAGUCGUGCCUCCUGCCCACAAAAGAUAAAUAAUGCACUGUGAAAUUCCGUACUGUGCUGGUGGCCUCUGUCUAACUGUUUGCAGGAAGCUGAGGCUGGGGUGAGGCUUGGUGAAGCUGGAGCCAUUGUUUUUGCCUUGGCUGAAGAACUGCUUCUGGUUUACUGGCUGGGGGAGCUGUGUACCUUUUGAUAUAUGGUGUCUUAAACUUGUUUAUGAGGACUUCUUAAACUUUUAUUCUUUUCCUAUGUCAUGGUAUUUCCUGCUUUUUAAAAUUCACUGUAAAUACCUCGUGAUGCAACACUUUAUUAAACAGAGUAAUGCGUGGCUGUAUUUUGUUAUUCUCUGGACGUAACCAAUAAUUUCUAUUGCUGCAAUGUUAGUCAUUGGAGGAAAAUAGUGGGUGUCUUAGAUAUCUCCUUUGCAUGUUCUAUUAACUUCCCCACUACAAUUCAGGUGCUUUCAAUUGAGCGUGGUGUUCUGUGUGCCAGUUAUUGCCCAAUCACUCUGUUGUUUACUCCCUUCAACUCUUGGUUUAUGUGGGAUCUUGUCACUUGAAAACACGAGAUAAAAACGCACUGCUUUAUAGGACUUGAAAAAAGAAAAACAAAACAAACCAUUAACAGGGUCCUUCCAAUCUUAUGUAGUCUUCCUGUGUUACGUUCUGGGUAAUAUGGUCUACACAUUCUUUGUUCUUAGAGGGUGGCUUUCCUUUAACUGGCUGCAGUCUUCCUGUGUUUCCAGCUGCUUUCUCUCCUCUAGAAGGAAAUAGAGAUGUCUUGCUAGGCAGUUUCUGUUGUGUGGAAGAUGGGCAUCAUGGUGAUUCAUAUUUACUGUAGGUUGUUACUCAGUGCUUGUCUGAGUAAUCAGACUGCUCUGGGAGUACCAUAUCCUGUAGCACUGAGUGCGUCCAAUUGUUAGUCCUGAGUUUUGGUCUUUUACUAGAAUAGCAAAACUGGUGAUCAGCGUCGUCUCUUCUGUCUCACUGUUAAGUUGUAUAACCAUCUUACAGUAAUUUUGCUAUUAAGUACUGAUUCUUUUGGGAAUUGAUGCUUUGCUGCCAGCCCAGAGUAACCUUUGGGUCAGUUACGCAGGACACUUCUUAUUUGAAGUUUCCAUUCCAACUAGGAGAAAUAUACCCAUACCUCCUUUUCUCCCUUCUCUGUCACUGACAUGACUUAGGUGUGACAUUUGCUUUGCUCUCCAGUUGAAUAAGUAGCUCUGGCCACUGAUCUGGGAACGCUUUCCUUAUACUCACUGAGCAUGGAGGUCAGCGCAGCUCCUUACGCUGCAACCAAACCCUUCCUCCAUCCUCCAUUAAGGAAAGCUCUGAAUUCUUGCUUGUUUCCUUCUGAGGCUCUGGCUGCCAUCAUGGUUUGAUGCUGAGUGAUGUGGGAAGUGGAGGCAAGUAGUACAUGAGGCGGAUUGAGCACAGCUCAAGCAUUCUAUAAAGGAGCAGCUGAGAGCAUGACUUGUCUCUUAGAAAACCAGUUGCACUGAGUAAAUGCCAGUGGAUGCAGUGCAGUUUAUUAUUAUUUGUAGGAGGAAAAUGAAGGGCGUGAGUGCUAAAUUGUUUGUAAGAAAUCACUGGAAGAGUAAGAAUUGGACUUGGCAUUUGAAUUCUGAUGAAUGUAAAGAACAGAAGAAAGGCUGAUAUCUGGGAGUUCAUGUGGAGUUUUGCUGUGGAGCAGCAAAUUACACUGUCUGGUAAUAUCCUGAGAAAAGGAGUGGGGCAGACUGGAGAAGGCAGCGUUCCCUGAGUUUGUGGCAGCUCUGCAAUUCAUAGCUGUGAGCUGCUGAGGACCCAUGAAAUUCCUACAAAUGAUUUAUGUGGAGAUGCAUAUCUUAGUGAAUCAUUUGAGGUACAACUGAAGAAGAAAUUAUUCUUGAGUAUGUUAGAUUGCAUUUCCCUUGCAUAUAGAAAUCAUGUCGUGGAGUUCCAUCUUCAAAGCAAUUUUAGGAGUUUGUUCCUCCUGCUAUAAUAAUAAUAAAAAAUUACACCAAUUCUGAGUGAUGAAUUGAAGAAUUGUUAAGGCUCGUUUUGUCAGUGUGGAUGGAAUCCCAAGUGCUGCCUGCCCACAGAGCUGCAGCUGCACUGUUUGCCCCAUGCAGGCACAGUGGUGGGAAGGAUGUGUGUUCACAACUGCAGCGUGUGCUGCUGCUCUGACGUGGCUCCCAGCUUAUAGCAGGAGGUUCCCUUUCUCCAGAGAAAGAGCACGGGAGGAUGGCAUGACAUCUGUUUGCUUUCUUCAUGUGUACUUCUCAUCUCUUCUCAUACUUGUUCUGUAAGCUGGAAGCAGUAACCAGAGCUAUGAAGCAAACCCCAUUUGUGUCUGAGGCUCCAACAUGGAAGGAGGAUUAUGAUGAGCAAAUGCUUUCUGGUGAUGCUCUAAGAAACAGACAUGGUGGUGCUGGCAGGGCAGUGCCAGGCUGUCUGGUUACUUUUUAUGGCAUCAUUUAAGAUCUCUUCUCUGGGGGUGAAAAGUCCCUUCCAAGUAUGGAACACAUUAGCAUUGGGGUUAUGAAAAUGAAAUACAAGGAAAUUGUUUUGGCGUUUUAAUUUUUAUUUUACCAACUGAAAUGGGAUUACUGCUACUUCUGUGUGCCUGGUCUGGGUCAGGUUUCCUUGUUGCUGGCCCUCCCUUACCUCCACCCAGUGUUUUGUUUCACUGUUUUGCGCUCUGUAAUUAAAACGUGGGCAGACUUUAAAAACAAAACAAAACAAAAAAACAUUUCCUUAAAAAUAUUUCUGGGUUAGAGUAGUCUGUCACGAUGAAAUCCGCACAUGAAUCAACCUCUUUGUAACCUAUGUUGCCAUAAAAAUUUUAGGAAUUUCCUUUAUUAGGACCUGUUAAUAUACAGCAGCAACUGAGCGAGGUGAAGCAGCCUGGAAUCGCACAAAGUUUCCAGCAUACACUGACUUUCUGCACACUAUUCCUUUUCAGCAAGCGAAACGGAAGUAUCCUGAAGCCUGUCUCCUUCCGGUGAAUGUUAUCCCACGUGUAAUGCUUGCAAUGCUCUUUGUGGAGAAGCAGCUCUUUCACUCUGAAACUGUUUUCCAGGUUGGCAGACGGCCGCCAGCGGCAUGGUGCGAUGUGCUGAGGGGCGGCCGCGGGGCUGUGGCACGGCGAGGAGCUUCUCUGAAUGAAGCCAGGCUCCCUGCACCAUGGGCCAGUGUGUCACCAAGUGCAAGAAUCCUUCGUCUACCCUCGGCAGCAAAAAUGGGGAAAGGGAAACGGGCAGCAAGUCGCAUAGCAAGAGAAGUGCUGUCCACAAAGAUGAGCAGGCUUCAGCGUGUGGGAAGUCCUCGGGAGACGUACUUGUGAACGGGACAAAGAAAGCGGAUGCUGCUCUGGAGUCCGGUCCUUCGGUAUUUUCUGGGGAUACAAAGAAAGACUCCGUCUCCAGCGCGGAAGAAUCGUCCCUCCAAAGGAUUGGAGAGUUAUUUAGGAGAUACAAGGAUGAACGGGAAGAUGCCAUACUGGAGGAAGGAAUGGAACGAUUUUGCAAUGACCUCUGUGUUGAUCCCACUGAAUUUAAAGUGCUAGUUCUGGCUUGGAAAUUCCAGGCUGCUACUAUGUGCAAAUUUACAAGGAAGGAGUUUUUUGAAGGCUGUAAAGCAAUAAACGCAGACAGCAUCGAUGGCAUUUGUGCACGGUUUCCCAGCCUCUUACACGAAGCCAAGCAGGAAGAUAAAUUCAAGGAUCUCUACCGCUUCACCUUUCAGUUCGGCCUGGACUCUGAGGAAGGACAGAGGUCGCUGCAUCGGGAAAUAGCCAUUGCCCUUUGGAAAUUAGUCUUCACUCAAAACAAACCCCCCAUUUUGGACCAGUGGUUGCACUUCCUAGUAGAGAACCCCUCAGGAAUCAAGGGAAUCUCCCGGGACACAUGGAACAUGUUUCUAAAUUUUACUCAGGUGAUCGGACCAGACCUUAGCAACUACAGCGAAGACGAGGCCUGGCCGAGUCUCUUUGAUACCUUUGUGGAGUGGGAAAUGGAGCGGAGGAAAAAGGAGGAAGAAACCAAAUGUAUUACAUCUUCGGACACAGAGGGUCUGUGUGCAGAAGAACAGACUUAACAGCAUUUAAGCGGCAGUGAUGAAAGCAACCUGUUGCCCUUCAUGAGAUGUAAACUCUGGAUGUUUCUGGAGGUUACCAAGGCUCCAGAUUUCUUUUCUACUUUACACCUUUUUCUGCCUUGUAUUCGAAAGGGCUCUAAAAUGCUGUAUCAUGUUUUAGGCACUUUCUUAACUUUGGUUAUUCCUUUUACUCUUACCCUGAAAUAUUUGACCCCGGCUACAAGUUAAGCAUUUUUGUUAAGACUUCAGAUUAGUAUAAGUAAGUCUGAUAUUUCUUGCACAAUGUAGAUCUUUUUAGUUAGGUUAAAUUAACAUUGCUAAAUUAUACAGUGCCAGAUUAAGUUUUUCAUACUAUGUCUGUCAGGGCAGGUCUGUACUGUGCGUAGUGCUGUUUACAUUGUUGAAAAUUUAGGCUAUAAUAAUUUUAAGGUUUUAUACCAAGAAUAUAGCAGUGUUAACUUGAAAUGCAUUAAUCCCCUCCUAAUAAGGCCCUUAAAAAACAACGACAACAAAUCCAACAACAUAAGCAACAGCUUUUUGUAAUACGGCUCAUUGCCACUUGAAGCUAACUCCUUGUGACCGAGUCAAAUCAUUCCUUUUUAUUUUCAGUUUCAAACUAAAUGUUGGGACUGUUUUUAUAAAGUUACUGUACCUGUCAGUCAACUGAGUGGUAGAUGAGGAUUUGUAUCGAAAUCUCUGACACAACACGUAAUAAAAGAGCAGUGCUACCUCAGUUUUAUUGAAAGUGGACUUCUUGGUGGACUUCCAUUUUCUUUGGAAGUUUAUUUUUGUGGUUACAGGAGAAUAUUUUUACUUGACUAAAAGAACCAAAGGUUCUGCUUCUUAAAUUUCUUAAAUAUUGACAGAAGCAACACACAAAGCCUGUCUUCAAGGAAAACUGCGGUAUAAUUCUGCUUUAAUUUGUUUGAUUUAUACCUGAAGCAUUAUCUUACUUGUCUGGCAAGCACAGUACUUCUAUGUGAGGAACCAGUUUUUUUAAAGCUAUGCUUAAUUGCUAAAUUGCAGUUAAUGCUCCACACUUUCUGGAGCAACAAUAUCGGCAUCUGAUGACAAAGUGAAUUCGUAAUGUGUUCUUAAUGACAACAGUGUAGACGAGUCAUUUUUAGACUGAUUUGAUAAUAUUUGGAAAGGAGUAAAUUUAAUAUUUUACAAUGCCUGUAUUGGGACUAUUUGCCUGUUGAAAUUGUUGUGACUUAAAGGGAAUUUUAUUAACACUGGUUGAAGCUUUUUUUGGUUAUUGAUGUUAACUUUUUUAAUUGUAUUACGCCAACUUUUUUACACGUUUUGGUAAAAAGGGAUAAUUGCCAAGGCUUCCCAUGAAGCCCAGUGUCAAACUCAUGAAGCCAAUACAUGUACAUCACACACCUUUUAUUUUCAGAGCUGUACUUCAGGAUCGUAAAAUGGCUUCAGUGAAAAAUCGAAAGCAACAAAAACCCUCAAAACUGAACGGUCAUCUCUAGCAUCUCACAGGUUUUGUGACAGUGUGUAAAAGCCGAACUUUCGGGGGUGAGCUUGUUAUUGGGUCUGAGGUGCUGUACAGUGCAUGUCUGCUGCUGAGCUAGUGGAGCGUUUGCCUGACUUCUGUGCUGGGCUCUGCUGAUGCACAGCCUGCAUGGCAGCUUGGGGCAGAAUUCAUACAUCACUUACAAUCCCUGGCUGUCUAAAACUGCUUAAAAACAAGCCCACGAUGACUGAUGGCAUCUCCUCCUGUAACAGGAGGGUUUGGUCUGUGCUGCUUUGGCAAGCUCCUCUUGGGAGAGUGAAGCAGUGGGGAACAAAUAGAGGCGUAGCUAAGCCUGUCCCUGGGCAGGAGGGGCCCUGCUCAGGGCGUUACAGGCAAAUCUGCCCCAAAGGUGCCCUGCUGCUCUCAUCUUCCAUGCUGCCCUAACAGCACUGGCACAUUUUGGCAGCAAAACUGUAUUUUUGUUUGCUGAGCAAAGCAGGCAUUUAUGCUGUUAGAGUGGAAUCGUUGAGACUUCUGCUGGUGCUCUUCUUUAAGCAAGAGAAAAGAGCUCUCCAGCAGAGGCCGCUUUGCUAGAGAAAGCCCCAGAUGGAGGCCUGAGCUCAUAGCAGAUGAAGGCUAUAUGAAGUUUGGGACACUCGUUCAGCUGCUCAGUGCUCUCUUCAUCGCUUCAUUUGUUCCUAAAGGUAGUUCUAAAGUGUUCGGUGCAUAAAAGCUGUGUUCACCCAGUGCAGGGUGCAUCUGUGCACAUACAGAGCUGGAGCAGUGACUGCUGCUUGUCUGCACAGUGAACUGCAGCAGCUCGAAAAGGGGGGGAUUAGAGAGCUUUGUGGAACACAUUUAUCUGGUGGUGCGGAACAUGGAUUGCAGUAAGAAAAUAAAUUUGUAGUACAUCAAGGCUUAGCCAUUUCAGUGCAUCAGACACAAGACAGCUUCUUUCUUUAGACAGCAGCAUUGAGCAUGCUGGAAGGAACAAUAUUUUCUCUGGGAGGCAGGCAUGCAGCUGUCAGUGAAUUCUGUCCUGUGCUUUCAGCGCACAAGGAAAACUGCCCACAGGUGGGCUUGGCAGAGUGCUGUUGGUUUCAGUCUGGCUUUGGUGCUUACGGGGCAGUUACAGGGUGCAAGCCAGACCUGUGUCUGCUGUAAAUUCCUGCAGCAGGAGCUGUGGUUAUGGGGCAGCUCUUCUAUAGCAGUGCUGGUACUUGGUGCUCCUACCCCCAGCAGCACUGCCUUUCUGUGCCACUAGAGUGCUGCUUCAGAUGCACUUCUGCAAAGUCUGCAGCAAUAUUGGGGCCUCUGAAAAUGUGCUUGCCUAGUGGUUAAACUGUGAGUGCUUGUGGAAGAGGUGCAGUGCUUUCCAUUCUCCAUAUAAUCUGUCUUCAAUGGCCACAGGACUGGAUCGAGCAGUGAUGCAGAUCAAGUGGCCAAAACCAUUGGAUCUGUUUAGUUUUUUUUCUUAGAGUAUGCAUUAGAAAUCUUAAUGCAUGAAGUGAAUCUGCUGCAGCUUGGGAUAACUACAGAUAACUAUACAGAUCAUUGUAGGAAUUUACUGGGAAUGUGAUCUGUGGCAUUUUAUUGCCUUCGCUUAUACACAAAGAAGUGCAACUUGUGCACUGGGCACUGUGCAGUGUUACUGCUGUGCCUUGGCAGCUUGGCUCAGUGGUGCCAGCUUCUCCUGCGGGUGUGAUUUUGGGUCAAAGACUGUCAGUGGAUUGAUUCAAGUGCAGAUUUGAAAGAUUUCACCCAGAGUUGGCCAUCAAACUUGAUGAGUAACUUAAUGGAAACUGAAUGUGGAGCUGUGUGUUUAUUUGCUGCUGGUGCUAUUCUGUGUGGAGAAUUACAGCCUUGUAUUACUGUGCAAUGGUACGGAGAGAACCCGAGGGAAAAGAGAUGAGUGUGGCAGGUGGCAUGGGACCUGCUGGGGUACGGGCUGCUGCAGGCUAUGGGUUUGUCCCAACUGUUGCUGUGGCCAUCAGAGCCCUGAGGCCCCCUGAGGUCCUGUCUCACCUUCUGCUUCUGUGCACCCGCUGCUGACAUGAGCAUCUUCCUUAUGGUUCUAAGCCUUGUUUCCAAAAAAUAACCCCAAACAAACAAGCAGAAUUGAACACCAUGUGGUUACUGUCUGCCUCGGAUCUGACUCAGUGUGCUGGCUGAGGCUGUGCCGUUCCUACUCACUGUAAGAGAACAGGCACUGUGGAGGUCUGGGUCUUGCAGCCCUGUGUUCUGCGACGUGGCCCUUGUGGCAGGAAUCAGUUGGGCGCCUGACUCUUUGAGCUCCCUCUGCUUGAAACGUGUGCGUGUGAACUUCCCCUUUCAUACUGAAAAGGAAGAUGCUUAGCCUGAAACUGAAAACUCUUCAGUGUUUAAUAUACAGCAAAACACAAACUUUGAAGGCUUUUGUUUUUUUUUCAAACAAGUAGUAAAAGAUAAGUGUGCUUAUUUCUGUUGUGUGUAGAGACACUGGUGUUAAUUUUUUUUCUCUGGAUUAUCAAAGAUUGUAUCUUUGGUUUAUAUCUUCAGUUAAAGUGAAAUACAUGAGAUUGUAAGAAGGAAGGUCAUAAUUCCUUCACCAUGAAGUACGUAGGUAUCUCUACCUCUUGUCAGACUUGAGUAGUUCAAGUUGAUCAUCCUCUCCCAGGCUAUGAUGCCUGGAUAAGUAAUGUACACUUUUUAAUUGACCCAUGUUAAGUGUUACCUAUUUACCAUACUUCUUGGUAUCCUGCUUUUGGUCUGCAUGCAGUCUUCCCUUUGGAAUGGAGCAAAGCCAAGCUGGUAAGGGACAUGUGAGUCCUGCAGGGAGUGAGUUCCAGAGCGCAGCGGUGAGUGGAGCUGCUCCCGACUAGCUCAGGGCCUUUCAGCAUCGCACCUUGUCUUUCCACUUCAGGCCACAAUGAAUGGGAGAUGGAGCAGCUGCUCCCCAAGAAGGGACCGUCUGGCCCUUUCAUUUGCUCUUGAAAAGCAUCAGGAACCCACCUGAUGCAGUGCUAUGAGUGUAUUUCUUACAUGUUCCGUACUUUGUUCCAUCUUGAGCUGUGCAACAAAAAGUGAAGGCUGUGAAAGGGCUGCACAGCUGCUGCUUCCUCCCUGUGCUCGGCGUCUGCUCAGGAUGAAUGCCUUAUGCUUAAAGCAGAGCUGAGAGUGCUCAAGCACGCUGGAGAUGCUGGGAGGUUCUCCUUUUCUGUUCUUAGAAAGCUUCUAUCUUUGCAUAAUUGCAUCCUGAAGAUAAAAUCUCUUUCUAGAUGACAUGCAUUCUACACGAAGAAAAAACACAUUUGUCUGCAAUGCUCUUGCUUCUUGCUUGCAGAUUCUCCUUGGGCUGUGGGUUGGCUGCGGCUGGGGCAGCAAGCUUGAAUGUUGCCAAUGGAGCUGUCCCUGUGCCUCGGGAGUGGCUCUUUAGUCAAGUUUAGUUAUCUUAAAAAUAUGCAUUCUUUCUUAUCAGUAAGUUGAAAUGGGCCCUCAGAAAGGAAAUGGGCCACCGGGAGUGGUGGGAAGGCCUCAUGCUGCGAGUUGUCCAUUAUCUGGAGUUGCAAGAGAGAUGGAUGGACUGCAGGAUGAGGUUCUCACCCUGCACUGCUGGGCUUCAUCCCAGCCGACCUGGGGCACAAAGUGAGCCCGUGUUGCUGCAGCUGUAUGGAGGGGGAGGGAGCACUGACAGCCAGCCUGGAGAUCUGCAGCUUGCAGCACAGACACUUGUUGUGGAGCUCAGCCCUGGCGUGGCCACAUCGCCCUGUAUAGAAGGAAUGUGUUUUGGUAGUGUAUACUCCCAGAGAAGUGAAUAAUUGUAAGAAAACAGUGGAAGCAUCACACCUUUGUGCAGCUUUCACUGAACUGUAUGUGAACACUGCUAGCUACCAGUCUCCUCAGUAAGCCCUCAAGGGCACUUGGGAUCAAAUCUACCAUUCUCUGUAUCUGGAGUAAUCCUUGCUUUUUGGACUUACCAGCAGACACCACGUGUUUUCUCCAGUUUUCUCCAGUUUUCUCGCUGCAGGAAAUGAUGAAUGUAUUGUUGUGGAGCAGAACCACACUUCCUCCUCCAGCUGGCACCAUCAUGAGUGCUGCGGAGUUGUAAUGCUUGAAAAGGCUACAGUAAAUUCCGUUUCAUGCUGGAUGUCUUUUCGAGGAUGUGGCCAAGUGUGAAGCCAUGAUCUGGAGAAAAAGUGGGAAAAGUUUGAGGUGAUGUUUCUAUACUGAGUCUUAUCUGCUUGGUUGCUUUACAGAUACUUCUCUUGUGUUGUCUUGCUCACCGUUAUUGUCUGGAACAGAAUGGAAACAGCGUCCCACAGAAUGUGCAGUCUGAGGCACAGUGCACGUAGGUUGUGAUGAGAAGGUUGUUACUUGAUAGCAACCCUGAGUGCAAUGCUCAGUCCCUUUUGGAAGAAAAGCAUUAAGGUUUCUCUUUACUUAUAAGCAAAGCAUCAGUCUGUCCAUUACUGACAUCUUGUGGAGUUUGUGCCAGAUGUAUAUUAAAUAUUUUGGUGCUUUUUCUAA